UAAGAAGAAGUCAAACACUCAACUUCGACAGUUAUCAAAGAGUGCUGGUUAUUCUUGCUAAACCGUCGCUCUCUUUAUAGUCUGUUCACGAAUACACCGAUACUGGCGGAAGCUCGUAAUUUGUUUCAGCGGGAUAUCGUUGACGAGCAACUUUCAACUAACAUGUUCGGCAGGAAGAGGAGAGAGCCGCUCCCCAAAGGCAGGGGCGCCGCCGCAGCCAAGCAGAUGGGCCUGUUUGUUGGCAUGGACCCCGAAGACAUGAUGACGAUGGGUGCCGAAGAGGGUUUGGACGACCCGGACUUGGAAGCCGAACUGGCUGCCAUCACUGGAGGCAAAGCCCCCGUUGCAAGUGGAAGAAACGAACAGAAGGGAAGAAGUCCUCUGCCCAUGGAGGACAUCGCCAAAAUGGCUGACGAGUGCAUGCGGGACGUGGACGAAGAUGAAGACGACGACAAUGUGGAGGACGACGAAGACCUUCUGGCUGAGCUACAGGAAGUUGUAGGGGAGGGGGGCGUGGCGGACGAGGCUGUUUCUUCUUCGUCUGCGGCAGCUGCCGUCGAACCUUCGCCGCAGGAAAUGAGCGUCCCUGAGGUGGUGGCUGCGCCUGGCAGCAUAGAGCACACGUUGGAGGAGAGACUCACUAUGUACAAGAUGGCGCUACACAACGCCAAGACGGCGGGCGAGGGCGCCAAAGCCCGGCGGCUCGAGCGCGGGCUGAAGACACUAGAGACCAUGCUGGCCACAGUGAAGAAAGGGCGCCAAGUGAGCGAGGAGGAGAUUCCUCCGCCGGUCGCCACGGGAGCCCCGAUUGCCGCACUGAGUGCCGCACCAACCAUCCCGUCGCCUGCUGAGAUCAUCACGCCCAACGGCGAGGAGAAAGAACAGCACUCGUCCGCCUCCACGCCAACACUCGCUGUUGAACCGUCACAGGAACGAACGGAUCCUUCACCAGAGCAGGCCCACCCUUCAAAGGAGCAGGCGGACCCCUCACCAACCACAAAUUCAGAUGCGAACGAGCGCGUGGCUGGGCUGUUGCUGCAAAGGCAAAGAGAAUACAAAAUGGCUGCCCUGACAGCAAAAAAAGCGGGAGAGGCGGAGCAAGCCAUGGUCUACUUCAGGACCAGCAAGAAGUUCGAUUCCGUCAUCGAGGCCUUGAAACAAGGACAAGCUGUCGACCUGAGCGGCCUUCCUCCAUCACCAGAAUGUUCAGGUGGAAGCGCAACAUCGGUCAAGCAAAAUGCCCAUGUUUCCCAACCGGCCGCAGAAUCUCCAGCCCCGCCGGCUCCUAGGGACGCGCUGGAGGCCCUGGAGCAGAGACGAGCCAAGUAUGCCGAGGCAUCGGCUCAGGCCAAAGCCGGCGGAGACGAGCGCAAGGCCCGCAUGCACGACCGCAUCGCCAAGCAAUACCAGAGCGCCAUCCGAUCUCACAAAGCGGGAAAAACAGUCAACUUUGACGAGCUCCCCGUUCCGCCAGGCUUUCCUCCCAUCCCGGGCCAGAAGGUGACGACGGUCGAGCAAGGAUUGGUUGCUGCGCUGGAGGCCGCCUCCAAGCUCUCCGCCACUGAUGAUGAUGCUGCGAGUGCAGAUGAAGAAGAAGAAGAGGAGAAGGAAGUGGAGCCAAAGAAGAGUACACUGAGUGUCCCGUCUCCAUCUCGAGGUCGGAGAAGAUCUCCAUCUGCUUCGCCGGAGAGAUCAUCUGCCCGAGAUCUCUCACCUGCAGCGGCGCAGCAGCUGGCGUUCCUGGAGGGUCGACGCAAGCAGUACAUGAAGGCGGCGCUGCAUGCCAAGCAGAAGAACGACAUGGACCAGGCCAAGAGCUUCCUUCGCACCGCCAAGGGUCUGGAAGCCAUGACUGAGGCAGCACGCAGCGGCAAAGCCGUGGACAUCAGCACGGUGCCGUCGCCCCCCGGUGACGAGGACGACGAUUUUGUCCUGGUGCACCACAGCGACGUCGGGCUCUCAGAGAAGGCUGAGCAACUCUACGCGCAGCUGGCCAAGAUCCUCAAAGAGCAGCGCGAGAAAUGUUUGACGUACUCCAAGCAGUUCACCCAUCUGGGGAACGUCACAGAGACCACCAAGUUUGAGAAGAUGGCAGAGUCGUGUAAAAAGAGUAUUGAGGUCCUAAAGGCAUCUCAAGCCAAGGGGCUGGCUCCCCCCAAACAUCACUUUGAGGACAGAACCUUCCACACAGUCAGGAUGUUCCCAGAUCUCAGCAGCACAGAGAUGGUGGUGGUUAUCGUGAAAGGAAUGAAUCUCCCUGCUCCCAGUGGCAUCCAAACAAACGACCUUGACGCUUAUGUAAAGUUUGACUUCCCCUACCCCAGCACGGAGCAGCCGCAGAGACACAAAACAAACGUCAUCAAGAACACAAACUGUCCAGAGUACAACCAGAGCUUCAGCCUGUCAAUCAACCGCAACCACCGCGGCUUCAGGAGAGUGGUGGCGUCCAAAGGGCUCAAGCUGGAGCUGUUGCACAAGGGUGGCUUCCUGCGGAGCGACAAGCCUAUCGGGAUGGCGCACGUGAAGCUGGAGCAGCUGGAGUCCCACAGUGAAAUCAGGGAGAUCGUCGAGGUGAUGGAUGGCCGCAAGCCCACUGGCGGUCGCGUGGAAGUCCGCGUCCGCCUCCGCGAGCCUCUAGGCGGGCAGGACAUGCAGGCGAGCACAGAGCGCUGGCUGGUGGUGGAGCGGUCGCAGCUUCUUAUCUAGACAUUCAAGACCUAAAGGACUCCAGCAAGUCUGCCAUGAUGCUACGCUACUUAGCUUCACCACGCUAUGUGGAUGUGCAGGUAGAAGGCGAGCGACCAAGCACACUCAGGAGGUGUCUCCCCCCCUGUCCUCUCAGACAAAAAAAAAAAAAAAAAAAAGUUUCCACAUUGGCAAGACACCCAGCUACUUGGCCAGGUCAGUCAUAAGGCGUUUGACAGCAACAUCUGCUGGUCGAGCGUGUGACCUCAUCUCACAUUAAAGACUAUAAGCUCAAGUGGCGUCUAUGCAGUAAUAUACCAAAGUAAUCCACGUUGCUGUAAAAAAAUAAAUAAAAUAAUUCCAAGCUAUUUAUAGACAAGUCUCAGAAUAAUAUAUUAGCACUCAUCUUAUUUUUCCGCACACAAACAAUCGUAGUGAAACUAAACCCUGCAGAAAGCUGACAGUGGAACCUCGCAAGUCUAAUAGUUCAAAUCGUCGUCAUGCGUGACGUCGGCAAAUAUUGUGAGGUUUGAGUUCAGUGUGCAUCAGUUUUGUUUUUUUGUUGUUGUUUUUGGUGAUGUCACCACAGAAGGGGACAAGUGGGGGGGAAAAAAAAAAAAAGUGCGGAAAUAACCAUCAAACAGGAAACAUUUUGACUUUUCAGAUUAAAAGAAAUGUAAACCCUUCAAAUAAACUGAUUUUAUUACAGUGGAACUUUCUUAAAGUGGUACAAUUUAAAAUGAUUAAAUUUAACAUAAUUUGCAUGUAGCUGAGAUUGUAGUGGCAGGGAAGCUGGUGAGCCCACACAGGAUGCACUUGUAAACUUUAUUUAAAAUAUAUUUUGACUAAAUUAGUAAAAAAAAAAUAAUAAUGUGAAGCUGUGCAUUGUCUCUUUGAUUUGAUGCUGUUUUUUGUGUAGAAUUCAUUUUUUUUUUGGGGGUGGGGGGGGGUGAAUUUAAUCCAUUAUGGAUUGUUGUUAGCCAUUUACAUAGCAUAGUUGCCUAAGUCAUUUUGAAUGUUUUUUGGAAACAAGAAAAAAAAACACAACAAAUUCAACAAACAAGUCCAAUUAUGGAGUACCGUGACUGGGAGUCUACGCAGACGAGAAAAAACACAAUUUUAGCAAAGCACGUUGGCGUUUUUUUAAUUGAUAUUGUGGCAGUAAGUAAAAAAUUACUUGGGCAAUUACGCUAUUAGGCUAAAGCUAACCAUAUGGCUUUAACUUCUAUUAUGCAAUAUGAGAACCACGGUUAAUGACAUAUUUCAAACAAUUUUACAAGGAGAUGCUAACAGAAAUAGCAUGUGGCUAAUGAUAUAUACUGUUGCACAUCAGUCAGGCUAGGUGUCAUAAAGUGGUUUUACUUUAUAGUGGCAACUUCUUUUCACACUUGUGUGAUGGUUGAGCCCAAAAGGAUUCCCUUGAGGAGGUCCCACUGUAGGACAGACAUCCGUGUCGUUGACGCCUGAAAGCGCACAAAAGAAAUCUCUAACUCAUUAGCGCUAAUUUAUACCCAUGAUUUAGAACAAUAACAAAAAUAGGUGGUGUGAAAUUUGUAUUGCGGCUGUGAGGCGCUAACGACACACGCCAUUAUAUUAACCUUAGUGCAAAAAGAAGCCAUAUUAUUUUGUCAAAUAAAGCCUGUGAAGUGACAGCUGUGUCAUUCAAAUGCUCGCAUGAACAUGGAAACUAUCAUAAGUCGUCAUUGUAUAAUAAAGCGUGUUCGUUUGUUUACAGAUGUUAAUUUUCAUUUACAUUUAAUCGUGAACCAUCUUUAAAAAGAAAUACAAUAAAACUAGAUUUUUCUCUGUU